AUUAUGGUGUAUUAUUUUUGGAACAAUUGGAUAUUGUUUGUAUUAUUUAAAGGGUCCCAUUACCAAACCCCCAACCCUCCCCUUCCCAUCCAUCAUUUUCUCCUCUAAUCUGCAUGCUCUGGAUUGUUGUCUCUCACACUCUCUCUAUAAAGGUGUGAAGUUAACAGAUUUGUGAAUGGCGGUGGCAGAUACACAAAAUCCUCUUCAAGGAGAAACCACGUGCGGUACUCUACUGCAGAAACUGCAAGAAAUUUGGGAUGAAGUUGGUGAAAGUGAUGAGGAACGAGAUAAAAUGCUGCUUCAGAUAGAUCAAGAAUGUUUGGAUGUCUACAAAAGAAAAGUAGAGCAAGCUGAUAAGUCAAGGGCAAAACUUUUGCAGUCCUUAUCAGAUGCAAAGCAUGAGCUUUCUAGUCUUCUAUCUGCUCUUGGUGAAAAAAGUUUUUCUGAAUUUCCUGAGAAGGAUUCUGGAACAAUCAAAGAACAGCUUGCAGCCAUAGCUCCAGCCCUCGAACAGCUUUGGAAACAGAAAGAGCAGAGGGUUAAGGAAUUUUUUGACGUACAAUCAGAGAUUCAGAAGAUAUGUGGGGAGAUUGCUGGAAGUUUAAACCUUAGCGAUAAUCCAGUAGUAGAUGAAUCUCAACUUUCGGUAGAAAAGCUCGACGAAUACCAUUCCCAACUUCAGGAACUGCAGAAAGAAAAGAGUGAAAGGUUGCACAAAGUCCUUGAAUUUGUGAGCACCGUGCAUGAUCUGUGUGCUGUCCUUGGAAUUGAUUUCUUUGCCACUGUAACUGAGGUUCACCCAAGCUUAAAUGAUGCAACUGGUGUGCAAUCUAAAAGCAUUAGCAAUGAUACUUUAUCCAAGCUGGCAAAGAUGGUCUUAGCAUUGAAAGAAGACAAAAAGCAAAGGCUACAUAAGCUUCAAGAAUUGGCAACUCAGCUGAUUGAUCUUUGGAAUCUGAUGGAUACCCCGUCAGAAGAAAGAAGUUUGUUUGACCAUGUCACAUGUAAUAUAUCAGCAUCAGUAGAUGAAGUGACUGUCCCAGGGGCUCUUGCUCUUGAUUUGAUUGAGCAGGCUGAGGUGGAGGUUGAGAGGCUUGAUCAACUCAAGGCUAGUAGGAUGAAGGAAAUUGCGUUCAAGAAGCAAUCUGAACUUGAAGAGAUAUUUUCUCACGCUCACAUAGAAAUAGACCCAGAGGCAGCUCGAGAAAAAAUUAUGGCACUAAUUGAUUCUGGUAAUGUUGAGCCUGCUGAAUUACUGGAUGACAUGGACGACCAAAUAGCAAAGGCCAAAGAAGAAGUUCUCAGCAGGAAAGAAAUAUUAGACAAGGUUGAAAAAUGGAUGUUAGCAUGUGAAGAAGAGAGCUGGCUAGAAGACUACAAUCGGGAUGAUAAUAGGUACAAUGCCAGCAGAGGGGCUCAUUUGAAUCUCAAACGUGCAGAGAAAGCUAGAAUUCUGGUCAACAAAAUUCCAGCUCUUGUUGACACUUUAAUUGCCAAAACUCGGGCUUGGGAGGAAGAUCGUGGGAUAUCGUUUAUUUACGACGGUGUUCCUCUCCUUGCCAUGCUAGACGAAUAUACCAUGCUCAGGCAUGAAAGAGAGGAAGAAAAACGACGAUUGAGGGACCAUAAAAAAUUCCAUGAGCAGCAAACCACAGACCAAGAGAUCAUCACCAAUUCAAGGCCUAGCCCUGCUCGACCCAUUGGUACAAAGAAGGCAGCGGGGCCUCGUGCGAAUGGAGCUGCAAAUGGAACACCUAGCAGCAGACGGUUAUCGCUUAAUCAAAAUGGAUCUAGAUCAAUGAACAAAGAUGGCAAAAGGGACAGUAUGAGACCAAUGACACCGGUGAAAUACGACGCAAUCUCGAAAGAAGACUCUGCCUCACACAUUUCAGGUACCGAACCUGUUUCAUCUUCACCAUGAGAAUAGAAGAGAAGUAACUGAUAAUAGGCCUAUAUAAUACCAUCUGUAAUAUUUGUAGUUGCUGCUGUAGUGGACAUGUUCCACAAAAUAACGAAAGUUAAUGAUGAUGAGAGUGGAUGUUCUUUGUAGUUGUGUAUGUUAGAAGUUGGAAGGUUUGUGGGUCAAUGUUAGUAGUUAUUUUGUCCUAAAUCUUUGUACUCUACUGUCCAAAAAUGGGGGCAAUACAGCUCUUUCUACAGUUAGUUAAUCCUCCAUGGGCGAGUUCUUUUUGGUUUUUUUUUACUAAUCCAGUUCCAUUAGACUCU